AUGAACCUUGGGGCGCAAUUAUCUGGAAUGCAUUUAGAGGCACCAGAAAGUGGAAUCUGCAAUCCAAAGAUGGGCAUUUCCAGCUUGGAGGAGGAUUUGAGGAUUGAAGACUAUCUCAAUGACAAGUUACAAACGAUAUCUGACUUAAACGGUAUCGACGACUUGAUUCAUAAUGUGGAAAUUCAACAAAAGCAAUUGAAAAGACAACUGCAAGAUAUUAGUGUCGAGUUAACUGAAGCCUUAAUGGCGUCUAAAAAUCGAGCCUCAGUUAUACUGGAAAAGAUAGAAGAAUUUAAAACACAGCAGAAAAAUGCAAACGAACAUUUGGUGACAGUGUUAUACCAGAAUACCCCAGAAUUAGCAUUGUGCACGAUCAAAAGUCCAAUGGAACAGCUACGAAGAAUCAAACUUACACACAAAUACCUAGAUCUGCUUAAAAAUGUUGAACUACUCAAAGAAGAAUCGCAAAAACACCUUCACAUAGAUCCAAAGCUGUCUUUAGAACCCUACAUUCGGUUGAAAAAUAUUUCCAAAUUGCUACAAAAAUUACAUGGUCCUACAGAAGGUUCUGCUGUUCAUCUUGUAACUUAUGUUCAAGAAAGUACUGCUCAAUUGUUGGUAGAAAUAGAGAAGAUUUUGUGUCAAAAAUUCGAAAAAUUACUUGAAGAUUCUCAAUGGCCCAAUUCUGAAUAUCUCGUCACGGACGAAUGGAAAGAAUACUUCAAAGCCCUUCUAGAACUGCAGAUGUUAGAUGAGACUAAUGCCAAGGAAUCACUAAUUCUGCUCCCUAUGAGGAUUCUGACGCAAACCUUUGUCUUAAAAUUUAGAUAUCACUUUAUGAGUGAUAAACCCACUAAUCAUCCAAACAGGCUUGGUGAUUAUUUCUUCGAAUGGUUCCUGAUGACGGUAGAAAAAUGGGAAUUAUUUCUUCGAGGAAACGCAGGACCCCUAUUAACUGCUCAUUUUAGAGGAAGCCCGCUGUCAGGAAAUAGUAUUUACAUAGAUCCUGUUUCAGCCUUCAUUACCUCACUACUUCCGGUGUUACGGGAAAAAGUUGAAAGCUUGUGUAAAAACAUAUCGUCACAGCCCCAACUAAUGAGCCGAUUUAUAGCUCAAGUCAUGGAUUUUGACGAUGCGCUGCGCUCCAAAUUCGGAUAUGACGGAGGUAGUGUCGAAAAUGGAUGGUGCGGUCUAAUAAUGGAUGUUCUGCCCUCAUUAUUUGAGGGCUGGUUUGCAGCAGAAAAAAAAUUUGCACUUGACAGAUAUCACGAAAUUGUUCUAUCUAAAAAUAGUGGUGAGAUUGAUUAUGAUACGUCGACUUUGGGAAAAACGAAAUCAUCAUACGGUGCUACCCUGAUCACAGACUUGAUUGUAACUAUCACAUCAAAAUAUUGUAGGCUGCAGAAGUUUUCUCACAAAAUGGCUUUCUUGACCGGUAUACAAGCUGAAAUACUGGAUCUAUACUUUGGUCGUCUAAGUGACGCUCUUGAAUACUUUCAGACAGCAACAUCAGCUAUCGGUCGCACUUUGCAUGGCGUUACCAAAGAAGAAUUAGAGGAAUUACAAGGAGUCAAGGGUCUUGACAAGCUAUGCAGGGUAUUUUGCAGCUCGGAGCAUCUCAUUUCUGAAUUGAAAGACUGGUCCAAUGAAGAAUUUUUUAUUGUUCUCUUCGAUCAGCUACAAAAUAUGUUGGCAUCAAACAACCAAGAAAUUGAAGGCAUUAACAGCGAAACUACCGGGAUGAUAAAAAAAAGUGUUUCAUUAUCACUGAAUUCGGAUAAUGGCGGAUCAUUUUUUGGUAUCUCUAUAGAAGGGUUUGAACGUCUCAGAAAUAAAGCUGAAGCUUUGAUCAGCGAGGUCAUUAAUUACGAAAUCCCGUCCCUUUUCCGCCCAUAUAUUUUCCAGCCACAUUGGACUAUUGCAAGUGAUUCUGUGACCUCAAACACUACCAUAGACCUAAUCAGCCCUGAACUAGAUCAGCCGGUCCAGACAUUGCAAAUCUACGUGCAAUUUCUCUGUCAGACCAUAGCAUAUGCUCCAUUCCGCCGUGUCAUGCGUCAUAUACUUAAAAAUAUUGAAGACUUAUUAUGUAAUGAUUUGCUUUUUCAUCGCAACUUUAGCUACCUUGGUUCCACACGGUUUUCCCGGGAUGUAUGUACAAUCAAUAAACUAAUAAACAACUGGACAUCACAGGUAAAUCGAUUACCAUUUGACUUGCCCAAGUUGCGCGAAGGUACAUUACUAUUGAGCUUACCAGACAAUCUUAUAUCGGAGGGGAAGAAAUCUCUCAAGGAAGCCUUCCUAGCCUUAUUUUCUAGCAAUGAGGAAGCAUCAGAAAUGUUGAAAAAUAUGGGGCUGGCCCACUUAUCAAUAUCUCAAGCUAGAACAAUUGUAGGACGAAGAAUUAUUGAGAAUUCUGAAGAGGAUGAAAAUUAUUAA